AUGUUUGCCAAUAAACUUUUUGUGACCCUGCAGCCAUCCUGGACUCAGAUAUACAGCGGUGAGACAGUCACUGUCAGAUGUGAGAUUCAGAGACGUGAAGGAGCUCAGUGGACGUAUGAAUGGAGACCAGCAGAGUUAAACACACCUCCAACAUCCAGCGAAUACAGAACCAUCACAGCUAUUGAGUCUGACACUGGACGAUACAGCUGCCGGGCUCCUCCUAAGCCCACUGUGUUCCUGCAGCCACCCUGGCCUCAGAUAUACAGAGGUGUGAUAUACAGAGGUGAGACAGUCAGUGUCAGAUGUGAGAUUCAGGGAGGUGAAGGGGCUCAGUGGACGUAUGAAUGGAGACGAGACCACUCAAACAUACGUGAAACAUCCAGUGAAUACAAAAUCAGCAGAGCUACUGAGUCUAACAGAGGAGGAUACAGCUGCCGGGGUAGUCGAGGUUCUUCCUGGACCGACUGGAGUGAUGUCAUUACAUUGACUGUCUUAUAUCCUCCUAAGCCCACUGUGACCCUGCAGCCACACUACACUCAGAUAUAUGAAGGAGAAAUAUACAGAGGUACCACAGUCACUGUCAGAUGUGAGAUUCAGGGAGAUGAAGGAGCUCAGUGGACGUAUGAAUGGAGACGAAACGGGUUAAACACACCUCCAACAUCCAGUGAAUAUACAAUCAGCAGACUUACUGAGUCUCAUGGUGGAGGAUACAGCUGCCGGGCCACAAGAAGUUCUUCCUGGACAGAGUGGAGUGACAUCACCACAUUGAGAGUAAUAAUUCCCAUUAAGCCCACUGUGACCCUGCAGCCAUCCUGGCCUCAGAUAUACAGGGGUGAGACGGUCACUGUCAGAUGUGAGAUUCGGAGAGGUGAAGGAGCUCAGUGGACGUAUGAAUGGAGACGAGGCUGGGUUAACAUACCUGAAACAUCCAGUGAAUACAGAAUCACAGUUACUGAAUCUGAUGGUGGAGGAUACAGCUGCCGGGGUAGAAGAAGCUUUUCCUGGACAGACUGGAGUGACAUCGUCAUAUCGAUUGUAUUAUCGAAACCAAAGGCUGAACUGAGAGCUGAUAGGACAGCUGUUCCAGUAGGAGGCAGUGUGACCCUGACCUGCUCUGUGAGCCCAUCAUCAUCAUCAUCAUCAUCAUCUGGAUGGAAAUACUACUGGUACAGAGAUGGGAAAUCUUUUCAACCUGUGACAAAUGGACAAAUCAGUGUCUCAGAGGGAGGACGCUACAGCUGCAGAGGAGGAAGAGGAGAACCAGUUUACUGCACAGAGGACAGUGAGUCAGUCAGGAUUGACACAACUGUGUCAAACAGGCCUGUUGUGACUCUGCAUCCAAACUGGUCUGAGAUAUACAGAGGAGAGACGAUCACUGUCAGAUGUGAGAUCCAUGGAGGAGACACUGAGUGGGAUUAUGAGUGGGAAACAAACAGCAUCAUAAAACCUCCAAAUCAAAAUGAAUACAGGAUUAGAUCUGAUUCAUCAUCCAACAGUGGAAACUAUCGCUGUAAGGGCAGAAUGAAAAGUUCACAGCAUAACACAACAGAGUGGAGUGAUUCUGUCACACUGACAGUUUCUGACAGUAAGUCAGAUCCUGUCCUCACUGUGUCUCCAUCAUGGCUGAGUCCUGGAGCCUCAGUAACUCUGAACUGUGAGGUUGAACAUCCGUCUGCAGGAUGGAGCUUCUACUGGUAUAAAGCUGUUCCUGAUCUAUCAGAGAAAUCCUCCAGUUAUGAGCUGCUACCUGAUGGCAGUGGGACUGCACAGGACUCCUACAUCAUUCAUGGACAGACACACACAGCAGGAUAUGUGUGCAGAGCUGGAAGAGGAGACCCAGAGUAUCACACUGAUCACAGUCAACCAAAGUUUGUCUGGUCUGCAGAUGUUCAUUCAGCAGCGUCUCUCACAGUGAGUCCUGACAGAGUGCAACACUUCACCUCUGACUCUGUCUCACUGACCUGUGAGGGAAACUUCACUGAGUGGAGAGUGAGGAAGUUCUCUGAGGACGGCCGACUGUACUCUGACUGUAGGAGAAUGACUGGAUCCACAUGUAACAUCAACACAUCAAAGUCAGAUACUGGAGUGUACUGGUGUGAGUCUGGAUCAGGAGAGUUCAGCAGUGCAGUCAACAUCACUGUACAGAAUGAUGGUAAUGGUCCUAUCCUGGAGAGUCCUGUUCAUCAUGUGACUGAGGGAGCUUCUGUUAGUUUGAGCUGCAGUUUGAGAACACAAAAAAUACUUUCCAAUGUGUUUUUCUAUCACAAUGACAAACUUAUUCAAAAUGAUCCCCGAGGGGAGCUGAACAUCUCUGCAGUGUCAAAGUCUGAUGAAGGUUUCUACAAGUGUCAGUACUCAGGAAGAGAGUCAGCACAGAGCUGGAUGUCAGUUAAAGUAACUGGACCCAGUUCAUCUCCUGUGUGGUUGAUGGUUGGACUGGUUUGUGGAGUCUCUCUCAUUAUUAUUCUCCUGCUCUUGUUGUAUCGCUGCAGACAGUCCAAGUAUUCAUGCUUCACCAGGUCGAUCCAGUCUGAGAGUCACAGUCCGGGCUCCUCCACAAAUCAUGGAGUCAACCAGAAUGAAACUCAUGUGUACGGCUCUCUUCAACAUGGUACUGCUGACGUCUAUGAAUCAGUCACACAAGUGAAGAACAGAAAUGGUUCAGAUGAAUAUGAGGACAUCACCUCCUCUCUUAUCGAGUUUAAAGAUCUUAGAACUAAGAGAAGCCACAGGUGGGACAGGCAUGAGGGGCAGCCAGUGACCCCUCACACACGUCCUUAUGCUGAUAUCCAGGCAGGUUCUCAGUGUUUGUAGCUGCUGAUUUAUGCAGCAAGCAU